AACAUGUCAGCCCCCUUACGAGUAGAAACAAAUAUUCAUGAUGAUGAUUUGUGGAGUGACGAAGAUGAUCUGUUGCUUUUAGAAACGUGUACUGAAAAUUCUGAGGUUAAUUGCCUGGAACAGCCUGAAACCCAUCCGUCAGACUCCUCGACUGCUGCAUCGGUGAAGAGCAAAAACACUGCUGAUACAAAUAACACAACGUCAAGUGAUCAUGAGCUCCCUCCACUGCAGAGGUAUCGUCCAAACUACCUGUGGGUGUCCGACCUCACAAACCAGAAAUGGUGUGAGCAGAAGAUGGUGUACUCGUUCACUGUUCCCGUCCUCGUGGAGGAGAAUCCCACCAUGACAGCUGGCAGCACCUUACAUCUUGCUAGAGAGCUGGCUGUGCAUGAUGUUGUGCGAGUACAGAUCACGUCUAACGAAGAUAUCUUUGCUAUCAAGUUGAUGAAUCUGCUCACUGCCAUUGUUGGAUUUUUGAAUGGUCUGACAGUCGCCCGCGAGGUGCCGAUCUUUGGAACCCCAUUUGACGAGGAUGUGUUAGUCAUUGGUGUAAUAGAUGAGCUGAGAUUCGAUCCAGAGUCGUACAUAAUUGACCUGUUGGAACUGAAAACACGAAAGAUGAAGUCCUUGCCUAAAGAAUCUCAGCUAAGCCAACACAGACUACAAGUGAUGGUUUACAAGAAACUCUUCGAUGACCUGGUGAAGGGGAAGUUGUCCAAAGAGACGGUUGCCAGACAUUUAAAGCUAUCUCUGGAGAAGCAGUUCGGAGAGUCCAUUAGCAAGCAUCUGGAAGACAAGUUAAUCACUUCCAAAAACCUGAACAAUCUUUUUGAUUUUGUCUUCAUGAAAAUACAGGCAAUGACUUGCGUCAGCCAGGUGAUUAUUGAAUACGUGCACCAAGACUCCCAUGAGACCAUGUUACACAAAGAGGUGUUUUACGAUGAUGAUGAAUUGAGGACGCAGUUUGUUCAGUUGUUGAAGUUCUGGAAGGGAGAGAGGAAACCGGUAGGGGUAGACAUUGAAGAGUCGUAUAAAUGUCAGUGCUGUGAGUUUGCCGAUAUUUGUGAAUGGAGAGCACAGAAGGCAGAGGAACAUGCUUUACGGCGAACACAACAACAAAACAAAGCUGUUUCAUGACAUUAGAUAUGAGGAUUUUGAAAAUGGAUGAAUAAUAAUGGACAUCAGUGAUGUAGUUGUUACGCUAUCGGACUUGAAACUCAUAGGUACUGGGUUCGCAUUCCAGUACCAGCUUCCACCUAGAGCUUCACAGGGAAGUGCAAAAUUAAUACAGCAACUUUUUUUUUACCAACCAGUAACAAGUAACCAUUAGCCCACUAAUGAAGAUAUAACUGAAAUGUGUGCCCUGGACAGUCUACUUGUACCUUACUGGUAAUUGGAUAUAACAGAAAUCAAAACAAGUUGAUAACUGUCGUUCAGGUUACCAGGAGGUUAAAACAAUGUCAAUAAAGUUGAGAAUGGUACUUUGUUCUCUAUAAAAUCUUAUUUAAACAAAAACUACACCCAAUAUAUUCAAAUAUAUAAAACAUAUACUCGUACAAGUUAAGUAUCAGUACAAUGCAAACAGUGAUUUGAAUGAAUAACAAAGUAUCAGGGUCUUUGAGAAGGGACUUUAGAAUAAUAAUAAUGAGAAUUGUAAAAUUGAUAAAUGUGCCAUAGGUUUCCGAGACUGUAAUUUGUGGUAACCUGUACAUGGGUUACCAGACAUAUUGCUUAUUUCACAAAUCAAGUGCAAAGAAAAAGAAUGGAAAGACAGAAAAAAGAGAUUGAACCAAUAAUUUUAUGUAUCAUUAGUUUGUAUGCAAUGAAACAGUUGAUAAGCCAUUUUUUAUAUUUCUGUACUAUGACUCAUUUUUACACUAUCAUUUCAAAACAUUCAGUGCUUUUUGCAUGUUUUACUUAUUACUUUUUAUAUUAAACCUGUUUUAUAUAUUCCUCUGUUUGUUGUGUUUGAAUAUAAAUACAUU